UUGAGUUAGGUUGGGCUUUUUUGCUUCUGCUAAUAUUCUAAACUGCAUAGUAAAGGCAGACAGUCGUCGGUCUAACGUAGCGCGCGCAUUAAAAUCACAGAGGCCUCAUAGAAAAAUCAGCAACACUCAAAAACACCAAUACACACAUACACAGACACGCACUGUCUGCCAGAAAACAUUUGUUACUUGCUGCAACCUAGUUUCGGGAACUUUUGCUUUCACGCAGUGCACAAAGAGAAGCAAAAGGAGGAGGAGGUGGCUUUGGACCAAGAAUAUUGUUCAGCAUACAUACACUACACACAUUAGCUUCAUAAGCUUGUAACUUGACUUUGAGAGUUGUGCAACAUCGUAUCAAAUUGCUGACUGUUGGGGCAAGGCAAGUCUAAAAAGACUGCAUUGCUGCAGCAGCAUCAAAUAGGCGGUGGAUUACCUUAACAUCAUUGAACAGCAAAGUAGUUGCAAAAUAUCAACCAUUACCACGUCACACUUAACAACCCCUGCUGCAAGUGCGGCACUUGACGACGAGCCACUGUGUUCUAGGAACGCCACCCACAAAAACUGCAGCAGCAACAUUGGUGGCGUUGGGGGUGGCAGCAGCAGCAACCUAACCCAGUCGUCGUCGUCGUCUGUUAUCAUCAUGAGCAGCCGUAAAGAUGAUCCCGUAUUCAAUGUAAAAUUUGUGCAACUGGUAGAAUCGAAACCUUGUCUCUGGAAUUCCACAUUGCCUGAGUAUAGCAAAAAAGAUGAAAUACAAAAAGCUUGGCAAGAGGUGGCCAAUGAAACAAAAGAUACGGUGCGUAAUUGCCGUGAACGAUGGCGCACCAUACGCAGCAGUUUUCUGCGUUCACUGAAACUUUCUCGCACCAGUACCGGUCGUGGUAAACGUAAAUACUAUCUCUCCAAGUAUUUGCAAUUUUUGAUACCCUUUACCAAGACCCGCCUCAAGAACAGCGCCAGCAUUAUAGCACAACGUAAAGCAGCAGCAACCGGAAACAUUCCUCCCAUGACUCGCAUUAGCAAUAUGCCUAUUGUGAGCAGUGACGAUACCAAAGAUUCUACAAAUUCGGGAGAUGUAGCGGCCAUAGCGGAUGGUGAUGUGGUGGUGUCAUUACAUGAAGGUGCUGUCGUCGGAGGCAUCUCUAUAACACAACACGCCCCUUUGCCUUUGCCGCAGCCUCUCAAUUUGCAAGCCAUAAAACAGGAAAAGGAUGUGGUGAGCAGUGGUGCUGCCAUAUCCACCUCUAGCACCGCCACAAAUCUGGUCAACUGCAAUACAGCAGUAGUAACAUUGGCGGCAAAUGCCCAGAGGCCCUUUUUGAACUCUACGAUGGCAAGUUGCUUGCCAAAUAACAACAACAACAGUAUGAACAGUUGUAAUAAUAAUUUCAAUGCGGUUGCCAACGCCCCUCCCAGUAUCAAUAAGAUCCCUGUUAACAAUCCUUCUCAGUGCAAUGCCACGUUUUCACAUCCGCCUCAUCAGGAUGCUCGUAACUCGGAUGCCUCCGCUAUGGACCUUGCGGAUUGGCUAAAGAGCAGAAGUGACCAUCCACGCCAUUAUCGGUUGACACCCUCGCCGGACGCGGAUCAAUCGUUUCUCAAUAGUUUGCAUCCCUAUCUGAAAGAAAUGACGGGCAAGCAGAAUCGGCGAUUCCGUCAAAAGGUGGUCGCCCUCAUAGAUGCCAUUCUCGAUAAUGCCGAUUGAAUAGCAUAAUGCUUUUCCCAACUUUAUUUUGUUAUUUGUGUAUUCUUAUAUACUGUACAUAAUUACAAAUAUGUUUUUCUUACUUUGAUUUGUUAGAAAGUGUUAUUAGUUACCGUAGAAUUGUUUUGUUUACAAAAUUUUAGCACAUUUACACACCAAAUACAUACGUAUUACAAUCUGA